GCCCCGGAGGAGGCCGGGGGGCCGGCUGGCGAGCGGGGGCGCGAGGGGGCUCCCUGGGCCGGGAGCCGAGGGUCGGGAAGCAGGCUGCCGCCCCACCGAGGGGGGAUGAGGCAGGGGCCGACAUGACCGUGCCGCUGCUGAAGAUCGGAGCCGUGCUCAGCACCAUGGCCAUGGUCACCAACUGGAUGUCGCAGACGCUGCCGUCCCUGGUGGGGCUGAACGGCACCACGAUCUCCCGGGCCGGCACCUCGGAGAAAAUCACUCUCUUCCAAAGCCCCGAUGACGGCUGGCAAGUUUACACCUCCGCUCAAGCCCCCGAUGGCAAAUGCCUCUGCACAGCGGUCAUCCCGGUGCAGGGCACCUGCUCCCGAGACCUGCGCAGCCGGCAGCUCCGGCAGCUGAUGGAAAAGGUGCAGAACAUCUCCCAGUCCAUGGAGGUGCUGGACCUGAGAACCUACCGCGACCUGCAGUACGUGCGCAACACAGAGUCCCUCAUGAAGGGGCUGGAUUCCAGGCUGAAGGUGGCCACCGAAAGCCAGAAAAGCCUGAACACUAAAAGUUUCCAGGGAGGUGACUCUCAGGCCGGGGCCGCGCUACGGACGUACGUUGGUACAACUGGGUCGCUCGGAGGGAUGAGAAACGAGCGCAUCGUUAUACCGACCUGCCCCUGGUGUGCACAGCGCGAUGGCGGCAGCAGGACGUCUCCCGACACCAAUUUAUCGCCCGGUUUCAAAGAGCAGCGCUCCAAGGGCGCAAGUCUCCAGCCUGCCCGCGGCCCCGAGGCCGAAGGCUGCGGGAAGCUGACGGGUGUCAGUAACCCCAUCACCAUCCGGGCGUCGGGAUCCCGGUUUGGAUCGUGGAUGACCGACACCAUGGCUCCCAGCGCCGACAGCAGGGUCUGGUACAUGGACGGUUACUACAAGGGGCGCCGGGUGCUGGAGUUCCGGACCCUGAACGACUUCAUCACGGGCCAGAACUUCGUGCAGCACCUGCUGCCGCACCCCUGGGCCGGGACGGGCCACGUGGUCUUCAACGGCUCCCUCUACUACAACAAGUACCAGAGCAACAUCGUGGUGAAGUACCACUUCCGCUCGCGGAGCGUGCUGGUGCAGCGCAGCCUGAACAGCGCCGGCUACAACAACACCUUCCCCUACUCCUGGGGGGGCUUCUCCGACAUCGACUUCAUGGUGGAUGAGAACGGGCUGUGGGCGGUCUACACCACCAACCAGAACGCCGGCAACAUCGUGGUGAGCAAGGUGGACCCGCAGACGCUGGAGAUCCUGCGCAGCUGGGACACCGGCUACCCCAAGCGCAGCGCCGGCGAGUCCUUCAUGAUCUGCGGCACCCUCUACGUCACAAACUCCCACCUCGCCGGGGCCAAGAUCUAUUUUGCCUACUACACAAACACUUCUAGCUACGAGUACACGGACAUCCCAUUCCACAACCAGUACUCCCACAUCUCCAUGCUGGACUACAACCCGCGGGAGAGGGUGCUGUACACGUGGAACAAUGGCCACCAGGUCGUGUACAACGUCACGCUCUUCCAUGUCAUAAAGACUUCGGGCGAGUUGUGAAACCGCUGCCAGACUCGGUUCUUCGCUCUUUCUUUUUUUACACUUCGGGAUCGACUGUUCUUUUCAUGAAGCAAAGCCCAGAGGUUCUUCUUUGUGUUUUUUUUCUUUCUUCCUGUGGUUGACAUGACGCAUGGAUCUCGUCUGCUUUCGUUGGAGCCAAGGCCAAUUAUUUUAUUUUAUUUUA